AUGGCACCUUACGAGGAUCUGUAUGGUCGUAAGUGUCAUACUCCUCUAUGUUGGACUAAAUUAAGUGAACGUCGGGUUUUAGGUCCUAAGCUAGUUUCUGAGAUGGAGAAUAAUAUUAAGUUGAUUCGAUAUCGUCUUAAAGCCACUUCUGAUUGGCAGAAAUCUUAUGUCGAUUUAAAGAGAAAAGAUAUUGAGUUUUCUGUAAGUGAUCAAGUGCUCUUGAAAGUGUCCCCAUGGAAGAAAGUCCUCCGAUUUGGACCUAUUGGCAAGUUGAGCCUGAGGUUUAUUAGACUUUAUCGUAUCCUAAAAUGUGUCAGGCUUGUUGCUUAUCAACUAGAAUUACCGCCAAAGUUAAAGCAGAUUCAUGAUGUGUUCCACAUCUCGAUGCUGAUACACUGUCAAUCUGAUCCGUCGCAAAUAGUUUCGAUUGAGAAAAUUGAGGUACGGUUGGAUCUAACUUUUGAGGAGGAACCUAUUCAGAUUCUAGAUCGUGCCUUUAAGGUAUUGAGGAAGAAAACUAUUCCUUUAGUUAAAUUUUUGUGGAGGAAUCAUGGCACUGAGGAAGCCACUUGGGAACCUGAAGUUUUGAUUCGGUGA